GCAAAUUUAAAACUAUAAAAGGAAUGAAUUCUGUGAAUCACAUGAUUUUUUUCAGUAACUUGUUGUUCAUUCAUCAAUUGUUAUGUGCCAACAUAGAUGGUGGAGAGGGUGAUGAUGGCUCAGAAUAUGUGUACGCAGAGGAACAACUUAGGGAUGAUCUUGUGCACUUACUGGAUGAACCUGAAGAACACUUAGAUCUCAGGUGUGCCCACAUUGUGGAACGUCUUCUCUUGUCAGAUUGUGAGACACUUUUGGAGAGAGCAACAAUGGAGAAAUACAAGGGCCUGCAAACCUUCUAUCGUGAGCUUUCAAAGACAAUACAACUUGUCUACGAGGCAGAGAAGUUCAGCUCAUACUUUUCUGCCCAACAGGAAGAUACUGUAGAGCCAAGGGAGGGAUUGAAGAUUUUGAUUGACAAAUCAAGCAUUGAAAAAGCAAAACAUAUUUUAAAACAAUUCAAAUGUGUGAAUUUGACAGUUGUUGUUCGCAGUUACCUACAAAAUUUAUAUGAUGGCGAUCUUGGUGAUAUAAUGCAGCAAUUUGAUUUCAUUACCGAUUUAUAUAUUCUAGACUUGACGCAUGAAUAUGUAAUUUGGAUCUAUGAAUCUUGUAAAACAGUGCAAGAUUUCAUUGAUCUUGAUAAAUUUCCAAAAUUACGUAUACUUAAGGUGAAGCAUAUGUUAGUUAUGGAUGAAUUCUUAGAGAAAGUGAGUAACAUGAAACUGCAAAGUCUGAUGUUUAUUGGAUGUACUUUUCUCAUUUCCAAGGAUACUGUGCAAACUGUGCAACAAUGUAAACAAAUUGAGGUGACUUUUGGAGAAUCAUAUGAGAAUAUCUGUUUCAAUAGGUGCGGGAGGUUUUAUACUCUUAUAUCGCCUCUGGCACAUAAACAAAUGAUAGUAAUCAAAGUCAAUAUAAAUAAGUGCGUAAAACUACGCAAUCUGGCGGUAAACAUGAGUGACUAUGUGAGUGUUAUGCCUAGUGACCAAAUAGUAGGUGGUCUACGGUAUUUAACAUUAGAUAAGAUGAACUGCGAUCGGCUGCUCCCGUCUUUUCGGUGUUAUGGUACUAAAUUAGAGUAUUUAUCAAUUGACACAGAAGAUGUAGAGCUCGCUGUCAAUUUUCUAAAGGAAAUUAACCGAAACGAACUUAAGCAUCUAGUAUUAAUUUGUAUUUUGGAUGGAUGUCUUCUGGAAACUUGUGAUGCUUCUAAUUUAUUUAACCUAGACUUUGCCGCCCUUAAAGUUUUAGAAAUUAAUGCUGGCGGUAUAUAUAAUAAGCUAAGUAGUGGGUCAACCAGUGAAAUACAAAUGCGAAAGUUGGAAACACUAAAAAUCUGGUGCCUGUACUUAGAUGAAGUGUUCAUGCAAAUGAUAACUGAGCUGGAAAUGUUGAAACAUCUUGAAAUUUGUAUGUAUGAUGAUGAGGAUGUCAAGUGUGAAUCUUUAUGUAGACAACUAAGCAAUUUGAAAGGUCCAAUAGAAAAACUUUUCGUUAGUUCUGAGCUGGCCAUUUAUGAACUGGUAAGGUUAAUAGAACCUUUAAAAACGCUAAAAGAAUUUCGCAUAGAUGGUAGAUCCAUUCGGCCAACAUUUGAUAGCCUCGCCAAUCAAAGUUAUGAUAAAUGA